AUGCUACACCACAUCGCCGCCGUGGGCGGUAGCCUCGCCAAGAGGUAUAUUGAGGAUGGCAUGGAAGUCAACGAUCCCAGCGGCAGCAACCCUCCAGCUUCAAAUGACGAGGCCAUCCUCGCUGGGCUUCCUCUCGCUAUAUACUUCAUCACGGCCCUCCUUUUCAUUUAUCCCGCCAUUGGAGUCUAUUACACAGCGCACAUGGUCUUCCCAACGCUGGCUAUGAUUGAAGACCCAAACCCACCGCCUGAAUAUACGCCCGUUCCACUCGAUGCCCAAGAAGGCUCUGCGCCCUCGGGCGAAUUUGAGGUCAUCGAAGCCAACGGAAAGCCCAUCACCUCGUCCCUACGCGCUACGCAUCGCCUUCUCUGGGUUUGGGGCCAGGAAGGCUACUUCCGCGGGCUGGUCUGCGGGCUUAUAACCAUAUUUUGCACGGUUAUUCUCGCCGCUUUUAUAACGGUUUACACCUUCCUGCCACACUUCGUCGGCAGCUUCAUCGCUACUGUCCUGCUCACGCAACUGUCAACCGCUUGGGUACACAUCGUCAUCACGCCUCCCUCCGCUCGCCCCUGGUACAGCCGCACUCUGCCGUUCCGCUAUGUUUUCCAAGCCACUGCCUUGCCUUUGCUAGUACACUGGGCUGCCAGUGUCGUGGCGGUCGAAAUCCCUCGGCUGUUGGCUGUUAUAAUUGGGCUGCCACUUCGUCUGCCCGAGAACCCGGACGACAACAUGGGCAUGCUCUUAUUGAAGGGCAUUCCAGUGGCUGCUCUCGCUAUCUUACUAUACCUUUUUGCCGUGAUCCCGGCUCAAGUCAUCCUCAGGCGCGUGCAAGCCUCACUACUCCCACCCACUGAGGAUACCAUCGUCCCCUUCGACCGGUCCUUCAAGGGCAAGCUGGACCCAGCGGUGCUAGGUGGCGGCAGCGAGACAUUCUUGACCAUGAGGGACGCCUUGACCACUUUCGGGAGGGAAGGCUGGACUAGACUGGUCAAGAUGUACCUCAAGGUCUUUGGGAUUACGGUUGCAUUUUAUAUUGUCGUUUUUGCGACAUUCGCUUUGGAGGGUGUGAUUGUCUGGUUGCUUGCCGGUCGCCAGUAA